AUGCCUCUGCGACACUCCUGCUGCUCGGUGGAGCGUCGCGAAGGUGCUAUACGUGUGUGUGGAAGUGCCGAAAACUUUAAAGACAGCUGGAAUGAAGAUGUGUGCAUGCACUUGCAUCUUUAUGCAAAAGGAAUACUUUGUCUGUGGAAAGCGUUUGCAAUUAAGCAGCUGUCCAGUUUAAGAAAACCUGCCAAUCAACUCAGCACUGAUUCAGGAAUUAACAGAUCUGCUACUGGAAAUCAAGGUCAUGAAUUCAAAGGAAUAUAUUGGAAAUGGGAUGUGAAGCCUUUUUAUUUACUACAAAAUCAAAGAAGAGUAGAGAGAGCAAAUGAUUUAAAAGCUGUCAACGUUAGAGCUUUUUACAGACUCACGGUGUUGAGUCUAAAACUACGACUGAAUGCAACCUCCAACGUACUCAAAAGAAUGGGCUUACAUUUCAAGUGGCCAUUAGGGGCUCCUAUGCUGGCAGCAGUAUAUGCAAUGAGUAUUGUUUUUAAAAUGCUGCCUGCCUUGGGCACGGCUUGUCCACCAAAAUGCCGUUGUGAGAAGCUGCUCUUUUACUGUGACUCUCAGGGGUUUCACUCAGUGCCAAACACCACUGACAAGGGCUGUCUAGGUUUGUCAUUGAGGCACAAUUUCAUUACGGAACUUGAAGGGGAUCAGUUUGCAAGCUUCAGUCAACUUACCUGGCUUCAUUUAGACCAUAAUCAAAUUGAUACAGUAAGAGAAGAUGCUUUUCAAGGACUAUAUAAACUCAAGGAAUUAAUUUUAAGUUCAAACAAAAUAUCUUAUUUACCAAACACAACUUUCAGCCAGCUGCUUAACCUGCAACAUUUGGAUCUCUCUUUCAAUCAAUUAUCUGCUUUGAAUCCUGAAUUGUUGUAUGGCCUUCGUAAACUGCAAACCCUGAGUUUACGUUCCAAUUCUCUGAGGACUAUUCCAGUCCGCCUGUUUUCAGAUUGUCGUAGUUUGGAUUUUUUGGAUCUGAGCACAAAUCGCUUGCGAAGUUUGGCGCGCAAUGGAUUUGCAGGAUUAACCAAACUAAGGGAGCUUCACCUAGAGCACAACCAGCUGACCAAGAUUAACUUUGCUCACUUCCUUCGGCUAAGCAACCUGCACAUGCUCUUCUUACAGGGGAAUAAAAUUAGCAACCUGACCUGCGGGAUGGAAUGGACCUGGAGCACUUUAGAAAAGCUAGAUUUGUCUGGAAAUGAUAUCAAAGCCAUCGAUACGACAGUUUUUGAAAUAAUGCCUAAUCUUAAAAUUCUCCUAAUGGAUAACAACAAACUAACCACUCUGGAGUCCAAGGUUUUAUAUUCACUUAAAACCCUAACGACUGUGGGUCUCUCCAGCAACCCCUGGGAAUGCAGCCCCAAAAUAUGUGCACUAGCUACAUGGCUCAGUGGCUUCCAAGGUCGGUGGGAAUACUCCAUCCUUUGUCAUACCCCAAACCAUACCCAGGGAGAGGAUAUUCUGGAUGCAGUUUAUGGUUUUCAGCUUUGCUGGAAUUUAUCAACUGUUGUUACACCCAUUGCUACAACUCACAGAGCUCCAACAACUGAAUAUACAAAGCGAAUAAGCUCCUCAAAUUUCCAUGUGGGAGAUAAAGAAAUUUCAACCACCACAGGCAUACCCUUUACCACAGAAGAGCAGAUCCCUGAACCAAACAAUGUCAUCUUCACCCAGCAGGUAAUUACAGGAACAAUGGCUUUAUUAUUUUCUUUCUUUUUUAUCAUUUUUGUAGUGUUCAUCUCCAGGAAGUGCUGUCCUCCCACAUUAAGAAAAAUUAGGCAGUGUUCAAUGAUUCAAAGCCACAGGCAACUGCGAUCUCAAACACGGCUGCAUAUGUCAAAUAUGUCAGACCAAGGACCAUAUAAUGAAUAUGAACCUGCCCAUGAAGGACCUUUCAUCAUCAUUAAUGGCUAUGGACAAUGCAAAUGUCAGCAGUUACCCUAUAAAGAAUGUGAAGUGUAAUAUCUACAGGUAAUCAAAGAACACAAAGGAGAUAAAACUUAUUUUAAAUUGCAGGGAUCUGAUACAUUUUUAAAAAACUCAAAUACUGAGAAAGCCUAGAUUUUUCUAAGCAACUUGUUUUGAGUGAUGCAGUAGUAUUUCAGGGUGUUUUUUUUUUAAAUAAACCCACAAUAUUUUCAGUGUUUAAAUAACAGUGUUGGCAUUACAUUUGCAUUCCUGAUGUUUGGAAUCUAUGCUCAGCCCAAAAUAUGUAUAUUGUUUCAUGUUAUGUAAUUAUAUGUGUAUUUUUUUAUUUUUUUACUCCCAAGACUCCAGAUAUAAUUUAGAAAAAUAAUUUGGAUGAAAAUAUUGUUGGGUAUCUAUUUAAUGGACUUAAGGGUGGGGGGAAUAUUUUACCAAAUGAUGCAUUGUAAUUACAAAAUUUUACCAACAUUUCAGCCAGUUCAGUGUUUCAUGAAGUACAUACUAGCCAAAAAAACACACACAAAAAGAUAAUUUCCUUGUUCUGUCUUGUGAUCAAAGGUGCAGAAAAGAGAUUUUCCAGUCUACUACAGCAUGGAAUUUUAGUACUAUUUUAACUCCAUAGUAAGAAUUCAGAAUUUUAAAUGUGUUGCAAUUUCAGAAUAUAGCUACUGCCACUUCUGAAUAAAGAUCACAUUCAUUACUUCAGAAUAUUAAUCUGCUACAGCUAUUCAGUAGCAUUUAGUGUGGUUUCCAAAUAUUACAUGAGCUUCAACUUUUGUGAAAUCUGUCCUGACUUUAAUGGGAUACAUUUCAUACCAAGGAGCAACAUAUAAAGAAAUGAACACUAAGGAUUUUUUUUAAGCAAAAAAGCCCUCUUUCCUUUCUUCAACAUGUCUAACUGACUACUUAAUACCGGAACACUAUUUUAUAUAUUCAUUACUAUUCCUCUGGCAUCGAAUUAUUCUCUCAGAGUGAACUCUCAAUUACCACUGUUAAUUCCAACACUGGAUAAUUGAAACACCAAUCCAAUAUUCAAGGAGAGGGCUCUACUGAUUACAAUAUAAUUAAUUAAUUUAAUUACACUUGUGGAAAGAGUAAGAACUUUUAAAACUCAGAUUGCUAUUUUUUGUGGAGAAAGAUUAUAAUGUCAUUUAAAAUAGGACAAAAUUUCUCUGGAAAGCAAAUAAUAAAUUCUUGGAUCUUAAAAAUUCUAGAUUUAGUGUUUAUGAAACUUACUUUACUACACAUUUGUGUAGUUUAAAUGUAAUACAAUUAAGAAAUUAUUUAGUACAACUCUCAAAUCAUGAACACAUAAUCAAAGGUAUAAUAUUUUGAAGAAAAUGUACAUAUGUAGAUCUAACCAUCAUGCCAAGUUCAACAAUGACAUUUGUUAGUGGGGAAAAGAAAUAUUGAUGCUUGGAUUCUUUAAAUCAGUAUAUAAUAUUGUAUAUUGUACUAUGGUGCAAGGUUUUCAAACAAAUCAUCAUUUAUCUGAUGCUUGUGCUAUAUAAACAUCCUUGAAUAAAUAUUGUAAAGGUUUGAACAGGGUGGAAAGGAUGGAAAUUUCAGACUUUAAAGCCAAUGCAUCAAAUCCAGUACUUUCACGUUUUUUAAUCGGCAUUACUUUAGCUCAGUAUAUUGGAUUGUAUUACUUAAAGCUCUAUUAAACCAAACUAUUAGUAAAAAGUAGAUAAAAUCUACAAAUCCUCUACAUGAUAAGCCAUUGUCUUUCAGCCAUAUACAGCAUAUUCUAUGCAUCUGGUAACUAGAUUUUAUCUGCAUUGAAACAUAAUAUCUAUUAAGAAUUUAUGUUCCACUUAUCAAACUGAGAACUGCCUAUGUUUUGGUCUCUAUUUCCAUUACUAAUUUAACAAGAAUCCAUUGUGUGUAAGCAAAUUGGUUUGAAGGUGAAAUGAGAUGUAUAAACUGCAAAGAUUUAGAAGGCAACUGAGUAACAAUUAUGUUAAUAUUUACAUUCUAAAAGAACAUUUUUUCACAGCAUCUUAAUGAAAUUUGUAUCUCAUAAGAUACUCCAUCAGAAUACAGCCCAACAUUAUUUCAUCAGCAUUACUUAGCUACUAUAUGAAGUUGCAAUAACUGGCUUACUAAUUGGUCAAAACCCUUUGUUAUUACUAUCCCUUCUCUUCAGGGCACUUCACCUAAGUCAGUAGAUGCUGCAGAAAUUACCAGCAGCUAAGAGAUUUAUUUUCUCCUAUGUCAAUCUGUUCUCUUUUCCUUCUGAACUACUUGAAAAACACCUAUACAGUAUAAUACAAUUUUCAUAGUCAUACAAGAUUUGAGAAUACAAAUUUUAGCCCCUUAGCUAGUAUCUCAUAUUAUCAUGCCUACUAUUUUAAUCUAAAGAGAAAGUGCAGGACAAUAUUAUGCAUUAAUUCUAUAAUAUCAGUCAUGUAGGCUGCAUGGUACAGUUAUAUAAUUACCAAAAUAUAUCAGGUGUAGACCAGUUUGGUUCUAAUUAUGUUAAUUGGAUUUCUCUACUCUACUUUUCCUUACGAAUCUAAAAAGAGGACAUUUUUCUAGUGUGACAAAACUAACCGCUACUGAUUUCACAUUCAGUAAUGCAGCAAGUAUUAUUUAAGACUCUGACCAGUCGCAAUAUGUAUUUUUACACUGACAGGGUCUUCAAAUAAAGAGUUUAAAUAUAUGCAAAAGUCAUAGGCAAAAUAUUAACGUCACCUGAUAGCAAUUUAAACACAAUUUUCAGUGCCCCCAUUUGAUUAUUACUUAUUCAUGGGAAGAUGAGUAUGAUAUAUCCUUGGCAAAUAUCCAAAUGCUGAAUCAUUAAAUAAAAUUCUAGGUGACAUGCAAACCUGUAUGAAUUAAUUCUAAACUGGUGUUAAAUUAUGAGGCUAUUGAUCACACCCAGCCCAAAGCAUCGUAUUUCUCCCAAAUGCUUCAACCAAAGCUGAAAUACAGAUUUUGCCAUUUUUCUUUAGCAGUCCUUAACAGAAUGCCGUCUUGAAUUACUUCAGCUUCUAUAGUUGAUAUUUCAAGUGAUGGUUACAAUAGUCCCAGAAGGAAAAUAAAUAAUGGAGCCAUCACUUAUCUUAGCACUGUUCAAUCAGUCCUUGAACAUAUAAAUUAUUUCCAUUAUUUCAGACAGCAAAGGUUCCUGCAAGCAAGUUCCUGAAUUAAAUGUUCUCUGCUACUAUGGGAAGAACAAGUUGUGAUGGUUAAUUAUGUUCAAUAUCACCUUCCAGUCCAAGAUCCAAUACAGAGAUUGAACUUUAUAAGCUUUUACCUGGCUAAAAGCUUAGUACAAUAAAUUGUACUAUAAAUUCAUAUUAAUUUAAUAUUGCAGGGCAUAUUUAGUGGGGGAUCUUAUUGAGACAUCAUAUAAUAUAAUACAAAUCAUGUCAUCUAAAUGAAAAGCAAAUAAUGGUCAUAUCUGCACCAUCGAUUUCAGAGAUAUAUACUAUACUUCUAUUUCAGUUAUCAUUUUAGCUUCCCCCUCAAAUUUUUAAAUGUUGGAAAUAUUAAUAGAAAAUUCUAAUGGUUUCUACUAGCAAUAUUCCAAGUGCAUUUUCGAUGGUGGUGGUGGGGACUUCAUAAUGCAGUAAGUGCAGUGUACAAAAACAUUAAAAAAAUCUAUACAUUAUAAAACUAGAAGCUGACUCUUUCUUGGUGCCCUUUCAAAAUAAGAAACUCUGAAUUUCAUUUUCUUUCUUGAUUAUAAGUAUGCUUAUAUCUUUCCUUAUAAUACAGGUUAUAGGAAAAUCUCUUUUGGGAAUGAGCAUAUUGUUUUGCUUUUAAGAUACAAAUACGAUGCCCUCGUGUUUUGGUAUUAUCAAUGUCACAGUAUCAUGAUAUCAAUCUCAAAUAGAUCUUGUUUUGUUAUA